ACUGUAUAUUUUGUUUACUGCGGCUUCAUAUUUUAUUGCAUUGUAUUCUUUACUGCUUCAUCGUGCUGAAUAAAUCAUAUCCAUUUCGAAAUAUUUUUUAACAAAGCGCAAAAACUUUAUUGAUAUUGCCAUUGAAACAUGGCAUCUAUUGCUAAAUCUGGUUCUAGCGGCUCCAAUGCCAACAGUGCAGCAGCAUCCACGUCAACACCUGCCCCUCCAAGCAACAUACAGGAAUUCAAUAUUCGCGUACCUAAAGAUUUACGAAAGAAGCAUCAUGUUAUGCGUUUCAAUGCCACCUUGAACGUCGAUUUUGCUCAAUGGCGGGGCGUGAAAAUGGAACGUGAAAAUAAUAUGAAAGAAUUUCGAGGUAUGGAGGAAGAUAUGCCAAAAUUUGGAGCAGGAUCCGAAUAUAAUCGUGAUCUUCGUGAGGAAGUGCGUCGAAAAAAGUUCGGUAUAAUAGCCAAAAAAUAUAGACCUGAAGCGCAACCAUGGAUAUUGAAAGUCGGUGGCAAAAGUGGUAAAAAAUUCAAGGGGAUUCGUGAAGGUGGUGUUAGCGAAAAUGCAGCCUUCUAUGUGUUUACACAUGCUCCAGAUGGUGCAAUAGAAGCAUAUCCAUUGAAUGAGUGGUAUAAUUUCCAACCGAUUCAGCGUUAUAAAUCGCUAUCCGCUGAAGAAGCAGAACAGGAAUUUGGACGUAGAAAGAAAGUAAUGAACUAUUUUUCGCUUAUGUUGCGUAAGCGUUUGAAGGGUGACGAGGAAGAAGAACAGGACCCGGAAGAGGUGAAAAUCAAGGGAGCGGCAAAAAAACCGAAAGAGUUAAAGAUCAGUGAAAUGGAUGAAUGGAUUGAUUCAGAUGAAGAAUCUGAUUCGGAUGAAGACGAAGAGAAAAAGAAGAAAGAGGAAGAUAGCGACGAGGAAGGUGGCAAGAAAAAAGGCAAAAAAGGUCAGCAGAAGAAACCAAAGAAAAAACGUGACGUAGAUGACGAAGCUUUCGAAGAAUCGGAUGAUGGAGAUGAAGAAGGACGUGAAAUGGACUAUGAUACGGAGUCCAGCGAAGAUGAACCAGAUCCAGAAUCGAAACUGGAUAAGGAUAUGAAAUCCGUUGCGGAGGAGGAUGCUUUGCGUAAAUUAUUAACUUCGGAUGAAGAAGAUGAGGAGGAUGAAAAGAAAUCGGAUGAAUCUGAUAAGGAGAAGGAUAAAAAUAAAGAAGAAGGAAAUAGCAAAGACAAAAAGAAAACCAAGAAAGUUACAAAAGAUGAGAAGAAAGAUACUUCCAGUGAUUUUAGUUUAGACAGCAGCGACUCUGAAGAUGAGAGUAGCAACAGCAAGAAAAAAGCAAAAGAGACUCCAAAUAUCAAGAAUGCAGUUAAUAAUAAUUCGCGCUCUGCAACACCAACUGGAGCAGCUCCAAACAGUGCAACUAAACGCAAAGUUAACAAUAGCAUGCCAAGUGAUCUUACAGCUUCGGAGAACAGCAACAGCCCUGUAAGCACACCAGCGAAACGAACGAAAACAGAUCCAACACCCAUGGUGCCUUCGACAUUUGCCGGUGUUGUAAAUGUUAACAAUAAAGAUGAUUACGGUAUAACCGAAGAAGCUGUUCGUCGUUAUUUAAUGCGAAAACCCAUGACACCGACGGAGCUCUUGACAAAGUUUAAAAAUAAAAAGACUGGAGUUUCUAGUGAUCGUCUUGUUGAAACAAUGACUCAAAUCCUGAAAAAGAUCAAUCCUGUUAAACAAACCAUACAAAACAAGAUGUACUUGAGCAUCAAGCCAACAAAGUGAGCGAAGUGUACAGCUAUCAUGUUCUGACAAAGCAUGACGAAAAAUUGUAUAUGAAUGAAUGUGCAAACCAUUAGCUGUUAAACUUUUUAAUUGUUUUAUGCAGUUUUAUUUUACUGCAAGCAAUGCUAAAUAAAAUAUUUUUAACAAACUA